GACAGAUGGUAACCAAGCUCAUGUCUAUGUGUUUGUUGUCAGGGUGUGGCAUGUACUGCUAUGUUGGUAGCAGUCAUGACUAAGAAACUGGCGCUUAACAAAGGGGAGAAACAUGUGCAUUUCUUCAUGAUGGACAUUCAGAUCUCCAAGCGGACUUGGAGACAAGAUGGAAUGCUAACUCAACAGGUGUGUUUAUUAACAGUUUUGUAGCAAUGGAUAAUGGCAGAGAUGGAGAGCAUACAUAAAAUUGAUGAGAUGAUGGAGAUUGCCAGGAGCUGGGGACAGGUGAGUAUAGAAGGUUUGGAGUGAAAAGAUUGAGGGAGACACUAGAAGACACGAGGGAGACAAAACAAAUCUCUGAAUGAGGUAAGUAGAAGAUCGCAGGUAAGACGAACAUACAUUUUGAGUCCUUAAUCCACAAUGGAGACCAAACAAUGAAGAAGUAAGGAGUGUGUGCUUUUAUAGCGGUGGCUGAGUGAUGAGAUCAUCUGUGACAGACUGAUUAGAAUUCUGGUGAUUGAGUGCGCUAUCUGAUGGGUGAGCCUGGUGUGGCCAUGACAGAACCCCCCUCUCCACGGCCUGCUCCUGAGGACCUCAAUGUCAUGGUGGAUGACCUCGACUAUGUGAUGCAUGGAACUCAGCUUUAAGAUUGGGGUCUAAGAUGUCAUGCCUGGGGACCCAAGAUCUAUCCUCUGGAACAUUGUUUUCCCAAUCAACAAGGUAUUCCAGCCAACAACUACAGCACCGGGAGUUCAAGAUCUCCUUGACUGCACAAACCAUUCCAUCCUCUACUACAAGAGUGGCAGUCCUGACGACUUUUGCGUCAAGCCUAAUCAAACAGACCUGGACAAGCUAAUCAAGGCCUGAAAGGUUGAAGUCUGCUGGACUGUGGCUCUCCAGGACCGGAGUAGCUAUCCUGGCUCUAGUACUAUUGGAAGAGGGGGAUCAAACACAGGACCAGGCUCUGUGGGAACAGGAGAAACAGGUGAGUGGUAAACUUUUAAGAGGUAAACAUUCUGUAGUGUGGAGGUAAUUUUAACUAAUAAGUGACCAGGUUGAUUUGGUGAAUGACCAGGAAGGAACCUGGGACUCAGCUUCUUGCAGGGGAGUCAUACUGGACAUUCUGGCCUGGUUGGAAAAUGGCUGUCUGGACAGCAGCAUGGUGUAUCUGAUGAUGAACAGCCCUCUGCCAAAGUUGGUGAGCUGAGUCCCAGACCCUCACGAUCUCCUGGAACCAGUGGGUCACAGAUGUCAGAACAGAAUAUUCCCAAGACCAGAGGAACAGUGGUGGCUGGUAAUCUAGUAUGCACUGGAGUGAGGCGAGACCCGUGGCUGGUUGAUGGAGUUUUGUGCGUAUUUGCCCAUGCGAAGUAACAAUUCCAGGAGUUCUGGUAGCUAUGGCAGAAGGUAUGGAGGAAAUGGCCUAUCUCAUGGAUUUUCUUUUCCUUUUGGCCAUUGCUUUGAGGGUGAUAACCAGAAGAAAGACUGACUAUGUCCUCUAGAAUGCUGUAGUUCUGGAAGACAUGAUUGAACAGCUGUUUCCAUUGCUGUUGGUAGGCCCUUGAGAGGAACCAGUUGACAGGCUUUAGAGAAUCUGUCUACCACAACAACAAUGUAGGUGAACCCCUCUGAGGCAAAUCCAUCACAAAAUCCACUCCUAGAUUUAACCAGGGGCACUGAGAAAUGGGAAGUGGAUUGGUAAGAGGAGAGGUGAUGGCACUAUAGUUAUUGGUGAAACGGCAAUACAAGUUGGAGAAACCAAGAAAUCACUGGGGCUCUUUAAUAGUAGUUGGCCCAGCUUCCUCUCAUCCAUUCUGAUACCACUGGAACUGAUGUAAUAUCUGAAGAACUGGAUGGAGGAAAGAUGGAAGGUAUAUUUCUUAGAUUUGAGAUACAGUUUGUGUUCACAGAGCUUCUUGAGGACCUUAGUAAUGUACUGGCGAUGUUCAGUCUUGUUUCAGGAGUACACUAGAAUGUCAUCAAUACACACCAGGACAAACUGAUGGAGGUACUCCCGGAACACCUUGUUCAUGUAUUCCUGGAAUGCGCACUGACUAGUCCAUAGGGCACGACCAAGUUCUCAUAGUGGACUUUAGGGGUCACAAAGGCAGUGUUCUACUCAUCCCCCUCAUGUACCUGGAUGAGGUCCAACUUGGUGAAGAUUCAAGUUCUGCAAAGUUGUUCCAGGGUUGCAAGUAUGAGAGGAAGAGGGUAAUGGAAUUUAAUGGUUAUCUUGUUGAAUGUCUGGUAAUCUAUGCAAGGAUGCAAGCCUCUGUCCUUCCUGGAAACAAAUAAAAAGUUGAAAGCAGCAGGGGAAGUGGAAUGACAGAGGAAGCCAAGCCUUGUUGCAAUGCCUCCUCAAUAUACUCUUCAAUGGCCUUCUGUUCAGGGAUGAAGAGAGGAUAUACCUUGCGUCUGGGCACUGGUUCACUGGGCAGGAUGUUAAUGGCACAGUCCCAUAGUCUAAGAGAUGGUAGUUGAGAGACUCGUUUCAGCCAGAAAACAUUGCUGACAUGGACAUGAGGGAAUAUCCACAGAUCACUUCUCUAUAGGGCUCUUGAUGGAAGUGAAGUUCCGAGGAAAAACUGAAGUCGGGGAGACUGGUCGAGGCAGAUUUGGGAAACACCUGGAGAAACAAUCCUUGCCAUACUUCAGGAGUUCACUGGUGGAUUACGAGAUGGAAGGUUCAUGUGAAAUGAGCCGGAGACACCCUAGAACGAUCCCAGUGGUAAAAUUCUCCAGAACCAAUAGGCAGAUGUCCUCAGUAUGUAGCUGACCAACCUGAAGUUGGAGUGAACCCAACAAGUAUCAAACUUUUCCCUGGCCAAAGGGACCACCAGUGAGUGGUGAGCUAAACCAUAUAGGUGAGUGGAUGUAUAUUAAUGGCAGAAUAGGAAACAACAUUCACCAUGGGUCUAGGAGGAUGGAUAGGAGUAGUGGACUCUGGCCACAAUAUAAACAUGUGUGGUCAAUCUGCAUGGACUCGGGGUAAGGUUCUGGAAAACUGGGAUACUCUGGCUGGUGAAAAAGAGGCAGUUUUUGGUACUGAUUAUCCUCCAUACAGUCCUUUGCUCUGUUGGUGACUCUGAUGGACAGUUGAAUAAAGUGCUCAAGCCCUGUGGUGCCAUCGUAAGCCCCAAGAUGCAGCCCCAGAGAGUUAUCCAAUCCUUGGCAGAAGGUGGUUAACAGCAAGCAUUCAUUACAUCUGCUAUAAGUGUGCUGGACUGGCCAUGGGACUGGCACUGUAGAUGGGUGCCAGAGAUGUCGCUUGUGAGAAAGCAGGUGCUGAUGGUGCAGUGGGAGUGGGAAUGGUUUUGCUGAGGACCUUGUGGAGAAAAGCCACCAGCUUCUGGAAGGGAUCCACAACUGCCAGGUUCAUGCUGUUAUAGCCUGGUCUUCUGUUAUGGAAUACCAGACUCUGAGAGAAGAUGGAAUGUUAACCCAACAAAUGUGUUUAUUAACAGUUUUGUAGCCAACCUGUUGGCAGGUGAGUCUUUGGUGAAGUAAUGAAAAUAAUGAUGUUUUCCUUGUUUAACCAGAGUUGGAGAACACACAAAGAAUUAAUGAGAUUAUGGAGAUUACCAGGAGCUGGGGACAGGUGAGUAUAGCAGGAUUCGAGUUAGGAGAUAGAGGGAGACACUGGAGAAGACAAGGGAGACAAAAAAAAUCUUGUAAGGAGAUCCGGCACGCAGCAGCCAAUGUACUAAGAGAAUGUUGGCUGCUGCAUCGCACCACCCAUACAAAGGACAACAGUGGAGAGCAUCGUCAUCACCAGAGAUGCUUGCUGGAGGCCAUCCGUGUAUUUCGUCACUUGCGAUUGAAGCAGAGAAAGUUAAGGGAUUUUGCCAGUGAGAUGGUGGAUCUCUCGAAGAUGCAGAUGAUCAUGUGUGAUCUAAGUGCAAACUGGAACAGCUCUUACCUUGAGCUUGAGCAGCGAAUCAUCUCCAUGGAGCAGAAGCUGGACGAGCUGGGACGCUCCUUCCAAAACACCUCUGAGCUGCUCACACAGACUCUCCAUCACCGCAGACUGGACCACAGGUGACCUGGGACAUCUCUUUUGAAGGCUAUGUACUCUUCAUCAAUUAAACCUCUUAAACGGAUGGAGGAACUUAAUGAUGACCAAAGGAAUUAAGAGCAGCAACGACCACAGCAGACAGUUUUAUUUUGAACAGACGUUCUGUCAUGUGUAUUUACGAACCUUUCCUUAAUGCUACGAACGUGAAUUGGGAAAAGGUUACUUUUGGUUACUUUGAACUUUUGACUCCUGAUUUAAAAUUUCAGUUCAUGAUAGAUACCAAGACGAUGAGGUUCUGGUGUUACACAGAAGAACACAUUUAGAUUUCUUCUAACACAAUCGCACAGGCCUCAGUUGGAUUUAUAUCAGUGUGAAAGUCACAGAAUAUGAAACUUAAAAAAAAAAAAAAACUAUUGUUCCUGUUUUUUUGCCUGAUACUGGGGAAGUUAGUCAUUAUCAAACCGAAGAAAACAUCUGAGGUUCAGAUGCUCAUCUCAGAAUUGGGAAGUAUGAAUCCUGCUGAGCCACAUGAUAAUAACUUUAUGACUCUAAUUUAAUACAAUGUUUCCCAGUUACAUUUAAAUGUGUGUACAACCUGAUCACUACACACUGAUGAAGGUUUCUAUAAAUUGCUGGCAACUUUUUCAAAGGUAAGUCAGAUAAAUUGUAGUUAGGUGUCAAGGGUAAGCCAGACUUCCUCACAGACUAUUGCCCUUGUACAUUGAUAUUUUCAGAAUGACCCUAAAUCAGGCUGAACCACCUGCACCCCAAUAAAGAAAUCUGUGAAUGACUUGAAUUUCCAUCAGCCCCUUAACCUGACAGGGCAUCUGUUGGCUCUAAUUACAUUAUGAAUAGGUUUUGCGUAUUAUGGUCUUCAGAACAGUGGUGUAACGGAAAAAAAAAUCUUUAUUGCUCAAGCCUUGAGUCUUGCUGUAUUUAAGUUCAUUAAGACAGAGGCUUUCAUUCCUCUCUGGUAUCUCCUCCUUGUGGACAAAAGUACGUUGCAUGUUUGGCCUUCGCUCUGGUUAAGCCUGUGCUUCUUGUUUAUUGUUUUGGAUGAGGAGAAUUAAUACCUAGAUUUGUAUGCAGUAUAAUGAUUAUAGAAGGGCAAUGAGAAUGAGAAUAAGAAAAGAGGUCGGGUCCGUUGUGUGUAGUUCUUUUAUUAACAAGAACUUCAUCUUAGUUUUACUGCUGUUUUUGAGUAUUUGAAACUGCUGGUAUGAAAGCAUAUGAAUGGCACCCGACUCAUUAUUUGACCAAUCAUUAACUGUUGCUGCUUAUUCAGGAACUAAAAAAAAAACCCAUAAUGACACAAACCAGAAAAAUUUUAGCGCUUUACAAUCAAGAUUCAUUUUUGCAUGAUGUAUUGUGAAAUAUACAUAAAAAUGCCAGGAGAAAAUGACACAAAGUGAAAAAACAACAACAA